GUUGAAGAGAAAAUACUUACGAGGCAUUCCGGAGGGAUCGGUAAUUGAAAGUUGUCAUAGCAACGGGCAUUCGGCUCAAGGAGGGAGAGCUGCCAGGGAGUUGAAUCCAACAUCUAAAUAUCGUACGUACCACAAUCUCGAGAGGGGAUUGGAGGAGGGCAACGGACGUAAGCGUAACCAAGCGCAAUCUUUUUAUCAACGUGUAAAUUCCUGGAAAAUAUCCCGCCUAGCCAUAGCGCAUCUAGUUGAAGUCUCUGUGCCAGUGAAAAUCAAUAAGAAAGAGGUGUACAGCGUGCAACGUUGAUGGUAUAUGUCUAGGCUUGUCAGGGCGAUGAAAGCAUGCAACAACGUGAGAAGCAGGCUCGUACUACGAUCUGUCAAACGUGAAACGGGUGAAACGUAAAUCAUUCGCAGGCGAGAGAGCCGUGUAGUGAGUGAAUUAAAAAAUUUUAAAAUAAAACAAAAAGCAAACGGAAGAAUGUGAAACGAUGGUAGCUUGCGAAAAUAAGAUAAAAAAGAGAAAACACGGUCGCCAUAAGUUGAGUGCGUGAUGUCGAUAGAAUAGAGAAUGAAUUAAAUCCUCUGCAAACGACCAAUCUUAGUUCGCAUAUUAAUUUAUCAAAAACGUACCAUUGUGCGUGUAUGAUAACACAAAGGGAGACGAGAUGUACAUCUAAUUGAACAUAAACAAGCCACGGAUAAUAGUCCACAUUCGUUAUUACACGAGCGAUCAUCUUGUUACUAACAAGAAAAUUGUAAAAAUUUCAGUACAUCGACCCGAUACUUAACAGCUGUUUAGCUGUUCGCCAACAAUGAUUAGAGGUGAAAGAUAAAAUAAAGAGAACCGAAAUAAGAUGCAUGAUAUACUUGAAAGAUUCUCUGCUUUUUUUUUUGAAAAAAAAAAACAAAUUGUAACCUGAACUAGGUAUAACCGAUAAUUCCGCAAGCAGAUACCAAAAAUGUCUCCAAUCAAGUGGCAGCUCCAACGACUCGUCACCCUGGCGCUGACAAUUGUGGUAUUUUUCCUGACGCAUUGUCAACCGGCCACAUCGACUCACAUAACAGGCUCCUUCAACACGCGAGACUUCUUCAGUUUUCUGAUAAAGUUUGGCUUUCAAAAGACGGAUCGUCACAGGCAGAAAGAUUCGUUUGGAUACAUAUUUGGCAAUGUGACGUCGAGCAAGAAUUUUUCCAAUCCUAUAACGCUCGCCGUACUCGACAGACCUCACUUUCUGGAGUACUACGGUAACAGGACAGUGCGAAACAAGGACCUCGCCUGUUCUCUUAUGUUCGAUACUCUAAAUCAGAGCUCCUACGACUGGCACUGCAACGACAAGGGCAAGGACUACCUGCGUCACGUUCCAUGCCCCCUCGGUCGCCUCUGCACCGACGAGGAUUCGAAAUGGAACGUGGUGAAGGACCACCAGUUCACUUACGUCAUACAAGACUUGGAUCAUCCAAGGUUCUGGUACGUCAGCCUUGUCGCGUGUUACAGAAACAUGACGACUUGCAAGUGGCAACAUUACGAAGGACAGGACGAGCUCACGUACGACAUAUGGCUGGUUAACGGAAGUCCGAACAGCAGCAGCGUCAACGCUCUCUCUUACCAGUUCUCUUACGACAGACAAAACACUGUCGAGCUCUACCUCCUCUUCUUCCUUUGCUAUGUUAUUCUCGUACCGUUUCAACUCUACGCUGCUAGAAUGCAGAGACAUCCCGUCACCAGGCUCUUCACUGCCAGUUUGCUAUUGGAAUUUCUCGCAAUUUGUCUCAUUCUAAUACACGUCCUCAAGUUUGCCCUUGAUGGCGUUGGGUAUGAACAGCUCGAAGUUGCCGGCGACAUAUUCGACAUACUGUCCAGGACAUCCUUCAUGCUGUUGCUGCUUUUGUUAGCCAAAGGAUGGGCUGUAACGAGAAUGGAACUGACCUGGAAGCCGUUGGUAUUUGCGAUCUGGUUGUGCUAUGGAAUAGUGCAUAUUCUUCUUUAUGUUUGGAACAUGACGGAAGUUGACAUAAUCGAGGAUAUAGACGAGUACCAGACUUGGCCAGGCUGGUUCAUCCUCCUCUUUCGCAGUGCGAUAAUGGUUUGGUUUUUGUACGAGCUACGAAAUACCAUGACCUACGAGCACAACACUCAGAAAUUAAAUUUCCUUUUACACUUUGGAGCAUCUUCCUUGGUCUGGUUUAUAUACCUGCCUAUCAUCGCACUGAUAGCUCUUCAAGUUAGCGCUUUAUGGAGGUUUAAACUGUUGCUUGGUAUUACGUAUUCAGCGGACUGUUUUGCGUACUGUGUUAUGGCUCAUUUGUUGUGGCCGACACGAAGCGAGCAGUACUUUCUGCUGGCACAAGGUGCCGACAAUGGCGACGAGUUGGACGAGUUCAAUGAAGCACCACAUGUAUUAAAUAACUAUGUUGAACCGCCUGAGCUUAGUAAAGUGCUAGCUUAGUGACACAGUAUCGAUUGAUCGGAGGGCAAGAAUAAAAGGUAUAAAUUAUGAAAAGAAGUACAUUAUUGUAUAUGAGGAAAGUGAGAAAAAUAGAGAGUGAGAAUAAUUGAUUAAUCAACGAGAUUUUAAAACAAUGUAAUAUUGUGAUGAAAUUUGCCAAAUUGUUCGGGAGUGAAAAUUAUUACUGGCAAAUGUACAUUAUGCUAACACUAAUACUCUGGCGUGCACUCUUUGAGACUGAAAUACCUAUUACGCACCAUUUCAUUUGACAAGUUAUGUUUCUCAUUGAAUUUUAUUACCUAUUUAAAUAGUCAAAUAAUUUGUAUGUCCGUUAUAAAAUCUGUUUAUCAUAGCUAGUAAGUUUAAUAUCUAAUGUCAACCGAAGGAAACUCUGGAUAUAAUAUUCGGAUGAAUGGAAAAAACGUUAUCAAUUUGAUAGCAUCGUGUAUCGAAGCAUGGCAAGAUAUUUGAUUAAGGAUAUUUUUUAAUUUACCUGUUGUUCUUUUGUGUUUAUUUUCAUUAAUGUGAAUAUUUCAACUAUGAAAACUACUCUAAUGGAAAUAACGUUUUUCAUACUUUGAUUGAUGUAUGUAUAUAAAUUUGUAAUGAGCACUGAAAAAGCCCAGUAAUUAGUAUUUUUCAAAUGAAGUUAUCAAAUUACACUGGAAUAUUGUUGAUGAAGUUAUGGGAUAUUCCACAAAGAAUUUCAAACCUAUGUAAUAUUUUACUACCUCACAAUUUUUAAAGUAACUCUGUGCUUAUCAACACAAUUUCCUAAAAAUUGUUAAAAAACGAAGUUCUUUCAGGAAACUGCAGAGAACCCCUCUAAAAGAUAAAUGGUUUUCCACGUGAUGCAACUGCGACUCAUUAUUGUACGCAUUCAAAAAAUGUAUUUCUCUAUGGAAUUCAUACAGAUCAUUUUCUCGUUCUUUUUUUCGGGUUAGAAGGAAGAAAGAAGUUAUAGAACUCUGCCAAAUUAACUCAACUGUGUGUGUCAUACUCGGUUUUUCUCAUAUAACCACUAUAAAACUGUUAUUAAGGUGCGUUGUUCAUCAUUGUUGCUCAAACUUGUAACAAGUGAAUUAUAUAAAUUAGAUGUUAGAACGUUGAAUUAAUAAUAUUCCUAUUUUAACUACAAUCGUAACUUUAAUUCCCAGAUAUAUUUACAUCUACCUAUACAUAUAUAUUAUUAUCUAUUACACACUUCAUAUUUACUUCCAGCUCUCGGCAGUUUAAUUUUUUAUUAUACGUAACGUAUUCACAGUCAUGACACACAACAUCAUCAGUUGCGUUAUCGUUAGAUGAACUAAAAUUUUCAUCAAGCCUAUCAACAUAACCACAUAUGUGGUUAAAUGUUGAAGAUCUUGAUUAUACCUAAUUUCUUACACUAGUGAAUUAAUCCAUGAUUUUUGGAAGAAUUCACUUUCAAGCAACUCGAGCCUUUCUUUCAAGCUUUACUUAAAAUUGCGUUAAAUUUUAUACCAUCCAAUAUCUUUGGACGAAAAUCUUAUAUCAAACUUCAAUGCCUUGUACUAAAUAAUUGUCAGCCGUACCAUUUUUUUUCUUAUGAUUGCGACACAUUGCUUGGCCAUUGAUAUAAAUUGACUAGAUGUGAGAGAUUAUUGAAACUUCCGACAGAAGUUUCUACAUUUAUGCACAUUAUUUUUAUUUUUUUUUUUCGAAAAUUAUGAGAGGUGCAAUUGAAGUGUACUAAAUGAUUCGAAAAUAAGUUGUAUGAAAAUUUGUAACUCUAGACAUAUACUUUUUAGAUUUAUUCUAGCAAUGUUAUUUGAUAUACAUACCUUUCACCGUAACUUAGCACCCAAGUAUAAAUAACUCAGUUCAACAAUUGUUCUCUUUACAACGCAGGGUGACCAAGAAUACGUCAGAAAAAACUACAAAAGUUUAAAACAAAUUCAUACGAA